GUCAGCAACAUGCCACGUGGCUUACCAUUUUCAAAUCUGAUCCGUCGUCCGGUGAUAUAAGACUUUUUAAAGACAGAGAGGUUCGUUCGUCUGCAACGGCUCCAAGUUUUUGACUAUGGCUGAAGAUGAAAUAGUAGUCGAAGAAGAGCAAUCACAGCCACAUGAGGUUACUCCAGUUCCACCGUCUUCUUCGCCUUCGCCUUCGUUAGUGGUGGAAGACGACGAUGAGAUGAAGCUCAAGCACUUGGAAUUCAUCCAAGUCGCGGCGGUUUACUUCGCCGCCUGUUUCUCCACGCUCUACGAGUUGGCUAAAGACAACGCUGGUCCCCUCCAACUCGGUGUCGAAAACAUCGAAGAUUCCGUUCGAACCGUGCUUGCUCCAUUAUACGACAAAUUCCACGACGUUCCUUUCAAGCUUCUCCUCUUCGUCGAUCGUAAGGUGGACGAUGUGUUCUUCGAUGUUGAGACAUACGUUCCUUCGCUGGUGAAGCAAGCUUCUAGCCAAGCGCUCACGGUGGCCACAGAGGUGCAACGCGCCGGCGUUGUGGACACCACCAAGAGCAUUGCGAGGAGUGUCCGGGACAAGUACGAGCCUGUGGCAGAGUAUUACGCAGCGACGCUGUGGCGUUUACUGAAUCAAGUGCCCUUGUUCCCUGAAGUUGCGCAUUUAGUGAUCCCCACGGCGUUUCACUGGUCAGAGAAGUACAACGACGCGGUUCGUUACGUUGGCGACAGAGCCUACUUUGGGGCAGAGUAUCUACCCAUGAUUCCUAUUGAGAAGAUCUCUGAUAUUUUGGAACAAGAUCAGUGUCGAGCUGACUAAGGAGCCAAAGAUUCCUUCUUCUUUAUUAGAGUGUACUCUGUUUUUCUUUCCUUCCUGCAAUUUGCUAUUUCAAGAUGCAAUCUUUCUUCAAUAUUCCAUUAUAACAACUUUGCCUUUUAAUAACAAGAGACAUAAAAGGAACUGUCCUCU